ACAAUGCGGACUGCGCCGCAGAAGCUGGAGAGCAUAUCUUUACGCGCGGGGCCGGGAGCGAGAGGAGGACUGUGGAUUGACAGCAGCUGUGCGCCCCCGGAUCAGGCUACAUGUCUUGGUUUCUCUGCAUCCCUGUGGAAAGUCAUUUGAGGAGGUCGGAGGGGAGCCGAGCAGCCAUCGAAGCUUCCCCGCCUGGAUUAACACACCGUGGACGGCUUAUGACUGGAUUAAGCUUUUAAUAUUUCAUGUGUGUGAUAUAUUUGUGACUGUUGAGCUUUGAAAGUGUUUCUGUGAGACCUGUGGAUAAUCGCGCGCACUUCGGGAUCGCUCUUUUUUUGUGGAUCUGAAUUACGCGCGGGGGUUCCGCGGAACAAAUGACAGCCUCUACGCGGUUUGUUGCUUCCUCUCUUUAUCGCACUGACCCGGCGGAUCUCUCCCCUCAGCAGGGUCGAGUCUGGGAGUAAAAAAAAAAAAAAAAGCCUGUCUUGUGUCUUCCAGCGCGCCAUCGGGCCAGAUAUGUGGGGAGGGGGUUUCCCGAUGUCCGUCACCGUGAUUGUGACUCUGCUCCUGGUCAUCAUAGACGUGAAAGCCAGCGGGGAGUACUGUCACGGCUGGCACGACUCCCAGGGGGUCUGGAAAGAGGGGUUCCAGUGCCCGGAGAAGAUCGACGCGGAGGACGCGAUCAUCUGCUGCGGGAAAUGCGAGCUGCGCUACUGCUGCGCCAGCACGGACGCGCGCCUGGACCAGGGCAGCUGCGACAACGACCGGCAGGCGCAGGAGCCCGGGGCGGACAGCAAGGACACCAGGGACUCCGGGGCGGUGCCCAUCUACGUUCCCUUCCUGAUCGUGGGCUCGGUGUUCGUGGCGUUCAUCGUGGUGGGCUCUGCGGUGGCCGUGUGCUGCUGCCGCUGCCUCCGGCCCAAGCCGGAGCUGUCGUCCACGGGAGCGACGGGCGGCGGCUCGGGCGGCGGCCGGCUCUUGGAAACCAUCCCCAUGAUGGCCAGCACCUCCAGGGGCUCCUCGUCCCGCCAGUCCAGCACGGCCACCUCGUCCAGCUCCUCCGCCCCGCCGGCCGCCCCCCGCGCCGCCCCUCCCCCCCUCAUGCGGGCCCAGGCGUCCUGCUGCCUGCCCCCGGACGCCAGCGUCUUCGUGAACAUGCCCACCAACUUCUCGGUGCUGAACUGCCAGCAGGCCACCCAGAUCAUGCCCCACCAGGGGCAGUUCCUGCACCCGCAGUACAUCGGCUACGCCCACCCGGUGUCCCCGGCCCCGGCCUUCCUGGACCCCACCCAGGGAGGGUACAGACCCCUCCAGUCCCCCUGCCCUCCUCCCACCGCGGGCUCCAGUGUCAACAGCGACCAGAAAUACCCUCCAGUGACAGUGUGACGACCUGGAGACCGCUCCGCCAAGACCGACUUGUGAAGUUUAACCUGUGAGGGCAGAGACCUUUAGGGCGCGCUGCCGGAACCGGAGGGGGAGAAUAAAGAAAAGGAGGCCGAGUCAGACUCAUACCAAAGACUCCCGAAGCCGAUACCGGUGGCAGGGCGGCACGCCUGCCCUGCCGUUGUGUGGCGUGUGUCUGUUUAACCUUUAAAACGUCUGAAUGAGCUCAGCUCAGCCUGUGACGGACGCGUAAACAUUCUCUCUGGACGCAAGGAGAGAGAACGUGUCUUGGAGGGUUCCACACAGCCCCGUGUGGGUAAUCACAUGCAGCUCGCCGCCGCCGCCCGCGGAUCAAAUAAAGGCUGCAUGUGUUUGUGUUUGCAUGGAUGUGAUUGAGAAAAUGAUUUGUUGGCUUACAUGUGCGGGAAUGAGUGACGACUGGAUGAUUUAUAGCGGUUGGACUGUAUGAAAAAUGGAUAUCGGAGCAACAAAAAUAUGACCACAUGCUGUGUUUGUGCCAUGUGCACAUCUGUGCCUGUGAAUGAUCGUGAGUGGUUUCUACAUUAGUGUAUUUGUGUGUUUUUUUUGAAAGCUUGAGGAAAGAAAGCUUGCUGAUGGAUGUUUGUAUACUGUAAGUGUGUGAGACUGGGAGAGUGUGUGAAGCGUGGACGGACGUGGUCGUGUGAGUAACUGCGAGGGAACCGGGGCGUAAUGGGAAAUGCAGGUGGGGCGAUGUGAAAGGCAGUCGCAGUCUCCCUGUAGGCCGUUUAAACUCUAAUGAAGUGAACACAGGACACAGACUGUGACGCUCCACCCUAACUCCACAAACCCCCCCCCCCCAAACCGACUGCCACCCAGAUAGAAAAAAAAAAAAAAAACCCACCAGAAACCCCAGAAUGCCCCGAGCGGAAACACACUCACAGACCCCGAAGAUGACAAUAUUCACCCAAGGCCGGCGGUUAAUGUUCCCUGGAAGUGUGUGAGUGUGUGACAGAGGAGUGAGCAGCAGUUCUCUGAAGAUUACAGUUAAUUAUACAGUGAAAACGGUGCCAGCUGCCCCCCCCCCACCCCCCUUCACUCCUCUCCUGUGAGGGGAUGUGUGUACAUAACACCACCACAGUUCAGCGCUUCACUGCUGGCAGCUCUGACUCAUUUUCCACUCAAGAAAGGUACAGAUAGGGGGCAACUAUCGGUUCUCCGUCUGAAUAAAAUUUUUAACCGAAAGUUGCAGAUUAUUCAUUUUUCAGCCUUUAUUUUCACUGUUCUGCAGCAGGGUCACUGUAACUGAGGAGCGUGCAGCUUGAGGAAUGCGCUGCUCCACUGAGCGUGCAGCCUGGGAUGUCCCUCAGAGCUGAACCCGGCGCGUUUGUACUCAAAGCACAAUGUCUGUGAGAUCCAGAGGGCAGCUGGUUACGCAAAGUGAGAGCAUCUAAACAUGUUUGCUCCCUUUGAAAUUUGAUGUGACGCAAACAUUUUUCAUAUGACUUUGGGGAAAAAAAAUAAACUCUAAAACAG